AUGGCGACCUCAUCCUCCUCCUCAAGCUCCAGCAAGUUCACGCGCUCUGUGCCAUUCACGCCGAAACGACCCUUCUCAGCCUCUAGCGAUGACCUCACGAACACCGGCCGCAUCCCGCGAUCGACGACCCCCAGCCUCCUUGGUUCUGCGAAGAAGUUCAAGGCUGCUCUGUCCACGGAGUCUCGCACGAGACACGUUAGCAAGCCCAGACCCAAGCUGGCCUCUGUGCCUGGCACGCCUACGAAGACGGACGGGUCGAGCUCCUCUGGUUCGAGACCUAAGACGCCGACUACACCACGCAGAGGGGCAGAGAGCCCGCUUCCUUUUCCGAAGAUGAGCGAUAUGGACGUCAGUAGAGUAGACCCGGAAGAGGCUCUGGUAGACUUCCAGACUGUGGAACCGGGCGAUAUCUCCGGUGAGAUCGACGAGUCCGCCCUGGCGGACUACGGCAAGGAAGACAAGGUUCUCGUAUCCAUAAGGAUCCGGCCCACUAACGCAACAUCGGCAUGGCAAGUCGCCGACACCACUCCAAAGAGCAUCAAGCUCGACCCCCAAUACGCUAAGACGACGGCCAACCCUCCACAAGAUUUCCGGUUUGAUGAGGUUCUGACAGGCUCUGAGAAUAAGCCUGUGUACAACGCGGUUGCUCGUAGCCAUGUCUGCGCCGCCAUGGAUGGUUACAACUCAGUCAUAUUCGCCUAUGGGCAGACAGCAAGCGGCAAGACGUUCACCUUGACGGGUGACGAAGAUCAGCCCGGAAUUAUACCCCGCGCUAUGAAGGACAUCUUCGCAUACAUCCGGCGGACCCCUACUCGUGAAUACCUUCUACGUUGUUCAUACCUCGAGAUCUAUAAUGAGGCUAUCCACGACCUGCUCGCGCCGCCGUCUUCGAGCGUCUCGCAGCCGGUGCAAAUACAGGGCACUGGUGCGAACAUCGUCCUCACGCCGCUCCGCGAGGAGGUCGUCACGAGCCUCAAGGGCGUACGGGAGGUGCUACAUCGCGGCGAGGGCAACCGGCGCACCGCCAGUACGGACUGGAAUGAGCGCAGUAGUCGGAGUCAUAGUGUAUUCCGCGUCGUCAUUGAGAGCAGGGAGCGCAACUCUGGCUCUGGCUCUGGCUCAGACUCGGCCCCUAGCGGUCGAUCGACGCCAGGCUUCCGACCGCCGACGCCUGGGGGACCGCGGUUGCAAGCGAAGGGCGGACGUAGUGUACAGACGUCUGUGCUGAGCUUGAUUGAUCUUGCAGGUUCUGAGAAAGCAACUUCUGACAAGGAACGAACACGCGAAGGCAAGUACAUCAAUACCAGUUUGUUGACCUUGGGCACAGUCAUUGGAACCCUUGCGGAGAACUCUGCAAAAAACAAGAAUGAUCAUGUGCCAUUCCGCAACUCGAAGCUGACCCGUAUGCUCCAGCCUUCAUUAUCCGGUGAUGCGCGAAUAUCGGUCAUUUGCACCAUCAACCCCGACGCCACGGCUACUGGCGAGUCUACCAGCACAUUGCUCUUCGCGCAAAGGAUCAAGAAAGUCCAGCUCAACGCACAGAAGAAAGAGAUCGUUGACACGGAGGCGUUGCUCCAACGAUACAAGAAGGAGAUCGACGAGCUCAAGAAGCGGCUCGCCGAGAAGGAGGCCAAUGCACCUACCACCAACCGCCGCCUGUCUGCUCGAGAGCAACUCGAUGAGUCGCGCGCCAUGAAUGACCUGAAUUCGCGUAUUAGACAACUCACCAAGCUCAUCCUGACCAGCCAAACUGUUGAUGAGACCAGGGGAGAUGAGUCGCGGCCUGCCAGUCCCACCAAAAUUGACUUCGACAUGUCUCCGUACCAGCUACAACAAGAGCUUCUUGCAGCUCAUCGGCAGAUGGAGAUACAGUCCACGCAGAUACUCUCUCUUGAAGCUGCGCUGCUCGCACGCCCACAGCUUUCCCCAGAUGCUCCCGAGGGCGAGAAGGACAGGCUUCUAGCUGGACAAGCCAAGACGAUCCGCGAGCUAGAGAUCGUCGUGAACGGUUACGAGGACAACCUCGGCGAGCCGCUGCGCGCGGUCCGCGAGGAUGUGGAGAGGGAAUGGAUUACCAAACUCGAAGCGGAGGUGAGGCGGCGCGAGGAGAAGGAGGCGUGGGCAGAUGAGCUUGUGAAACAGCUGGAAAAGGAGAAGAAGACGCGCAUGAAGCUCGAGGAUGAACGCCAAGCCUUAGCAGCCUUCGUGCGCAAAUUCGACGCUCUAGGUUUGGGCAGUGCCUUGCCCCCUCCAUCAACCAAGCUCAAUCCCCCCAUGCCGACGCCAGGAGGCGCGGCCGCGGUGUUCGCGCAGCGUCAACGGGAUCGCCUACAGUUGUCUGGGUUUGACGCACCAAUGUCCACUCUUGCUGAAACGGACUCUCCCAUGCGCUUGGGUGCUGGACAGCCGAGCCUGCUGGAGGAGGAGUGGGAUGCGGUGGACGACGUCAGCUUUGGAGACGACAAGCCGUUCCUCCCGUCUGCCUUGAAGGCGUCAUCGAGGAAGCAGUCACACAGUCCGGUAAGAGACAUCCUGCGCGGGAAGGAGAACGUGCCUAUGUAG